GGUCGCGUGGGAUCGAAGCCCCGAACCCCUGCUUAUAUAUAUAAUAAUAUAUCGCACUCAACAACGCGACGAACUCAACAACCCCAGCUCCCUCCUCCAAAACCCUUCUCGAUUUGGAGGAGCCACCGCAUCGAAGGGUAAAGCAAAUCGCAAAUGGCUCUCCCGAACCAGCAAACGGUGGAUUACCCUAGCUUCAAGCUCGUGAUCGUUGGCGAUGGAGGGACAGGCAAAACCACAUUUGUCAAGAGGCAUCUUACGGGAGAGUUUGAGAAGAAAUACGAGCCUACUAUCGGUGUUGAGGUGCAUCCGUUGGAUUUCCACACCAACUGUGGGAAAAUCCGCUUCUACUGCUGGGAUACUGCUGGCCAGGAGAAGUUCGGCGGGCUUCGCGAUGGAUACUAUAUCCAUGGUCAAUGCGCGAUAAUCAUGUUUGAUGUUACUGCAAGGCUCACCUACAAAAACGUUCCCACCUGGCACAGAGAUUUAUGCCGGGUUUGUGAGAACAUUCCCAUUGUUCUCUGUGGAAACAAAGUUGAUGUAAAGAACAGGCAAGUAAAAGCUAAAAUGGUAACAUUCCACAGGAAGAAGAAUCUUCAGUAUUAUGAAAUCUCUGCUAAGAGCAAUUACAACUUCGAGAAGCCUUUUCUCUAUUUAGCCAGAAAGCUUGCAGGGGAUACAAAUCUUCACUUUGUUGAAUCACCUGCCCUUGCUCCUCCAGAGGUUCACGUUGAUCUUGCUGUGCAACAGCUGUACGAAGCUGAGAUCGCAGCUGCAGCAGCGCAACCUCUUCCGGAUGAUGAUGAUGAAGCCUUUGAUUGAGUGGGGGUUUCUUAUGCUUGAUAUAUUUUCGGUGUUUAAACAGCAACCUUAGUAGAGCAUUUAAAAGAAGUCUAGUUGAAGUUUGAAUUUCAUAACUUAGUGUGUCUGGUACUCCAGCGAUGGGUUGGAGGCUUGGAGCGCUUUAGCGUUAGCUGUUGGCAGUGCUAUUCCAGAUUUUCUGUUGUUUGCUUUUUUCUUCGUUUCUGUUUUGGUCAAAUCAUUUUUCGACGCGAAUCUCUAUUUCUAAGCUGAGAUUCUCCAAUAAAAUGUUAGUCUGCUAGAGCCUUUCAUCCUCGGUGCUUGCAUUUAAGUAGUGUAUUCAAAUUCUUUCAUCUUGCUCUGCACCGUGACAAUUAUUGUUUUGUCUGUGCCCGAUCAGGCCUGUUUUCUCCCAUUCUCGAUAAUUUUGAAACCGUGAUGUUCCUUAAUUUAAUUGGUUACUAAUCCUUGAAUUAUGCCUGAUAUUUAUUUACUCUUGACUUGU